AAUGGUGUCUUUCGGCUAACCUAGCCUCCUCCCUCGGGGACCAACAAGGGGUUUAGGGCCUGACUCAUCCUCCGCUUUGUUUACUUCCGCUCAAGUGGGUGGACUGGAUUUGGGAGUCCUAUUUUUGUGCCGAUGCUAUUCAUUUUGGGUUGCUUCUUUCUAUGUGUUCCUUUUUUGGGUAUAAAGGGUGAUGGGUUCUAGUGUUGCUGAGAGAGGAAAGAUGUCGGAUUGGGGGCCGGUUUUCAUCGCGGUGGUGCUUUUCAUACUUCUAACACCAGGGCUGCUGAUUCAGGUUCCAGGGAGAUCCCGAUAUGUAGAGUUUGGAAACUUUCAGACUAGUGGAGUAUCCAUCCUGGUGCAUUCCAUUAUUUAUUUUGGACUGAUCUGUAUCUUCCUUAUAGCUAUUGGUGUGCAUAUGUAUGUUGGCUCAUAGCUGACCAAAACCAACUACCCAACUCUGUUAGAAUCUCUAAAUUUGUGGUUUUGUAUGUAUUUUCUGUUUCGGUUUGCAUGUGUCUUUUUUAAACCAAAGUUACUAUAGUGAUAUUUUUGUUUGUCAUCUGAUUUUGUUCUUCACAUUAAUCUAGCGAAAAAGUUUGAUAAAUAAAAUGUUUUAUUCUGGUUUGUGAA